AUGUCUAAGGACCUGCCCAUUUUCUCGGGAGAUCCCCAGGAGUGGCCCUUAUUUUUUGGUACAUUUCGAAACACUACGGAGUCAUGCGGAUUUAGUGAUGCCGAGAAUUUAGACCGACUACAACGAUGUUUAAAAGGAGAAGCUCGCGAAGCUGUUGGUAGUAAGCUGUUGAUUCCGGAAUCGGUUCCACAGAUAAUUCAAAUCUUACACAUGCUUUACGGCAGACCAGAGAUCCUCUUACAUGCAAUGAUACAAAAGCUCCGUGGAAUUCCGUCUCCAAAAGAAGACAAUCUCCGUUCAAUUAUAAAAUUCGGGUUGGCUGUGCAAAACACGGUGGAUCACAUGACUGUCGCACUAUUACAUGAUCACCUGUAUAAUCCACUACUGCUUCAAGAGCUGGUUGAAAAGCUUCCCCCCCAAAUGAGGGUUGAUUGGGCGCGAUUUAAAAGGCAGGAAACAGUCGUUGAUCUACAAACAUUCAGCACCUUCAUGUCAGACUUGACAGCAGUCACAGCUGAUGUUGUCAUUCCAGUAGCUGGUGCGAAGUUUCACGAUAGAUCUAAUAAAACCAACCGUCAAGGGUUUUACCUUCAUCAGGAAACCGAUUCCGAAGAAGAGAAGCAAGAGAAGAUUCCAGAACGCAUCUCCACAAUCGAAAAUAGGUCUUCGGAAUCACGCUCACUACAACUGUGGAAACGUAAGCCUAAUGAAAGUGCCUGGCCUGAGUAUUCGCAAAGGAAGUGCGGAUAUUGUAAUGACAUCGAUCAUCAAAUAAACCAGUGCAAUCAGUUUAAAACAUUAGACUUGGAUGGAAGAUGGAAGGCCAUCAAGCAAAAGAAGCUUUGUCGUACAUGUCUCGCGAGUCAUAAAAGAUGGCCCUGUCGCUCGAGUAAAGAGUGCGGUACUAACGGAUGUAGGUACCGGCAUCAUCCCCUUCUACACACUCCUAACCCAACUCCACAACUAAAUAUCGAUUCUACGAGGCUUGUUGAGCACAAUAACCAUCAUAGUACCACCUCCCUUUCCUUAUUUCGAUAUGUUCCUGUGGUGGUGGAAGGAAACGAUAAAUGUGUGGAAAUAUUUGCAUUUUUAGACGAUGGUUCGUCAUCGUCAAUGUUGGAGGCAUCAGUAGCAACUGAGCUCGGAAUAAGUGGUCCAGAAGAAUCCUUUUGCCUAACUUGGACUGGCAAUAUCUCACGGGAGGAAAAAAGAUCCCAGCGUUUAUCACUGUGCGUAGGAGGAAAAGGGUUGAAAACACGAUUCUCGUUGAAUAAUGUCAGAACUGUGCAACAGCUUAAGCUGCCACGACAAUCCUUUAAUUAUGAAGAAAUGCAAAAGCUAUACCCACAUUUGAGAGGACUGCCUGUGCAAAGUUAUGCGAAUGUUGCACCGAAAAUGAUCGUAGGUCUCGAACAUGUUAAAAUGCUUGUAUCAUUAAAAGUUCGCGAGGGACGGGAUAAUGACCCAAUAGCUUCUAAAACACGUUUUGGGUGGUGUGUCUUCGGAAAGCAUGCUACAAAUUCUAACGCAAUAGAACAGCUGAAUAUCCAUACGACAGACAAUAUAAGUAAUGAUGAACUACAUCAUCAGAUGGGUAGAUUUUUCGAAAGUCAGCUGACAAGUGUAUCGCCACCUCCGAAUUCAGUACACGACGAACGAGCUUUGAGAAUUUUGAAGGAGCAUACCAAGAGAAUAGGAGAUCGAUUCGAGACAAGUCUACUAUGGAGAUAUAAUUCUCCCCGCUUUCCAGAUAGCAUUCAUAUGGCAAAAAAAAGACUGCUUUGUCUGGAAAAACGUUUAGAGAAGGAUCCCCAAUUGAAGCAAAUAGUUCAUGACCAAAUCAAAAGUUAUGUCGAUAAAGGCUAUGCUCAUCUUGCGACCGAUCACGAAAUAAUGAAGGCAAAUCCUGAUAAAGUGUGGUAUUUACCUCUCGGCGUUGUCAGAAACCCGAAGAAGCCGGAUAAGGUCCGCUUAAUCUGGGACGCUUCAGCAAAGGUUAACGGGAUCUGCUUUAAUGACAUGGUCCUCAAAGGCCCUGAUAUGCUGACAUCCCUGCCUACUAUUUUGUUACGUUUCCGCCAGCGUAGUAUUGCAGUAUCCGGAGACAUAAAAGAGAUGUUUCACCAGGUGAAGAUCAGGGAGGCUGAUAAACACUCUCAACGAUUUCUGUUCCGAUACAACACUAAUAAUGCUCCACAAAUAUAUGUCAUGGAUGUAGCAACAUUUGGAGCUACUUGCUCACCAUGUAUGGCACAGUACGUGAAGAAUAAAAAUGCAGAAGAGCAUGCUUCACUAUACCCCAAAGCAGCAGAAGCAAUAAUCGAUUUGCACUAUGUCGACGACUAUCUGGAAUGCUUUGAUACACCGCAGGAAGCAAUAAGAAGAGUGAAUGAAGUGAAAUUAAUUCACCUAAAAGGCGGUUUCGAGAUAAGAAACUUCCUAUCUAAUUCCCCCGAAGUCUUGCAGCAACUUGGAGUUGUUCAUGGUUCAACCGACAAGCCUUUGAAUCUUGAACCUGGACUGGAUCAUCCAGAAAAGGCAGAACGUGUUCUGGGAAUGCUGUGGAAACCAAUGGACGACAUUUUCUCAUUCAAUACUGCUAUAUACGACGACAUUCAGAACUACGUUUUUCAACAUUCACCAACUAAACGUCAAGUUUUAAGAACGAUCAUGCGCCUCUUUGAUCCGUUGGGCUUAGUGGCACACUUUGUUGUCCAUGGGAAAAUACUCAUGCAGGAAGUCUGGAAGUUCGGAUCCAAUUGGGAUGACGAAAUUCCUGCUGAGCUGACUGAAAAGUGGACCAGAUGGAGUCAAUUGUUACAAGAACUGGACACAGUUAGAGUUCCGCGUUGUUUUUUCAGUGGUGUUAAAGUCGAUAAUUUAGCUGAGAUUCAAUUGCACAUAUUUGUAGAUGCCAGUGAAGCCGCCUACGCAGCAGUGGCCUAUUUGCGCGCGGCUAUUGAAGACAAAUUUGAAGUGUCUUUAGUUACAGCGAAAACAAAAGUGGCACCAUUAAAACCGUUGUCCAUACCUCGGCUAGAACUCCAAGCCGGUGUUCUAGGAAGUCGGAUCGGUCACGAUACCUGUUCAUCGCUUAAUAUACCGAUCAAUAAACGCGUUUUUUGGACGGAUUCCAUGACAGUACUGGCUUGGCUGAGAUCAGAUAGCCGACGAUUUCACCAAUAUGUGGCAGUCAGAGUCGGCGAAAUUCUAACGAACACGCGCGUCGACGAAUGGCGUUAUGUUCCAACCAAACAAAACGUAGCAGACGAGGCAACUAAAUGGGGAAUUGGUCCAAGUUUCAACGCCCAAAAUCGGUGGUUCACAGGUCCGGAUUUCCUUAAGCAACACGAAUCUUUUUGGCCGACCCACCACAAUGCAAAAUUUAACACAGAAGAUGAACUUCGCGCCGUAUUUCUACACCACGGAGAAGCUCCAAAUUCACCGAUUGACUUUACAAGGUUCUCCUGUUGGAGGUCCCUUCUUCGUCGAGCAACAUUUUUGGUUCGAGCUAUUAACGGAUUUCGCAAAAAUCGAGUACUGGGUUUGUUAACAUCUGAUGAAUAUGCAGCGGCGGAAAAUCUUCUCUGGCGUAUGGCGCAGAUGGACGCGUUCCCAGAUGAAUAUGCUACACUCAAACAAAAUCCAAGAACUAAUACUGCACCACCGAUAGUAAAGUCGAGCCCGUUAUAUAAACUCUCACCGUAUAUCGACAAGAACGGAGUCAUAAGGAUGAACAGCAGGAUUGGGGCAGCCCCCUUCACCCCAUUCGAAGCUAAGUAUCCUAUUAUACUUCCGCAAAGGCACCGUCUGACAAACCUUAUCAUUGACAGCUAUCAUCGGCGCUACUUACACGGGAACAACGAGACAGUAGUGAACGAAAUGCGACAAAGGUUCUUCAUAUGUGGACUCCGAGCCCAGGUCAAGCGAGUCAGCGCGGAUUGUCAGCUUUGCAUACUCAGAAAGGCCAAGCCACGACCGCCGAUAAUGGCACCACUUCCCCGAGUUCGACUUACUCCGUUUGUCAAGCCGUUCACCUUUGUGGGUGUUGACUACUUCGGACCUCAAUUAGUGAAGCAAGGUCGUAGCUUGGUCAAACGUUGGAUUGCACUAUUCACCUGUUUAACGGUACGAGCAGUACACCUUGAAAUAACACACAGCUUAACAACGAGUUCGUGUAUUCUGGCAUUUCGUCGAUUUAUUGCCCGCAGAGGUUCACCCGCAGAAAUUUUCUCCGAUAAUGGAACCAAUUUCCAAGGAGCGAAAAACAUCCUCGCGGACCAGCUAAAACACAUUCAUCAGGAGUGCGCUGUGACAUUCACCAAUUCUACCACACGAUGGAAUUUCAACCCACCUGCCGCUCCUCACAUGGGUGGUUCGUGGGAACGAAUGGUUCGUUCUAUUAAAGUGGCUAUGGAGGGAAUUUCGAAACACCCGCAAAAUCCUUGCGAUGAGGUGUUGGAGACAGUAGCGCUCGAAGCGGAAGCGAUAGUCAAUUCCAGGCCUCUUACCUAUAUACCCCUAGAAACGGCUAAUUCUGAGGCACUUACACCAAACCAUUUUUUGUUGUAUGGUGAACACGGUAUCACCCAACCGAUGAGCCUGGCGGAACCGGAAGGAACAGUGCUCAGAGAUAGUUGGAAACUCUCUAGAAAUUUAGUAGACAUAUUCUGGAACAGAUGGGUUCGAGAAUAUCUACCCACUAUAACUCGAAGAACAAAAUGGUUCCAGCCGGUGAAACCUUUGGAACCAGGAGAUCUUGUGCUCGUAGUAGACGGAAAUAAACGGAACGGUUGGAUUCGAGGUCGCGUUUCUAGCGUCGUCAAAGCCCCCGAUGGACAAGUGCGAAAGGCGUAUGUGGUGACUGCCAACGGUGAAAGUUUAAAACCGGUGGUAAAGUUGGCGCUACUCGAGGUUAAGCCCGGGUCAGCAGAAAACGUUCCAGAUCCGUCGGAAAUGCACGGGUGGGGGGAUGUUCACGCGGCCCACAGUGCUUGA